AUGGACAAAUCUCAAGAAACGAGUGUGACGGAGCGAAAUGUAGCAUUGUUGGAAUGGUAUGGACGGCUUUCGGUCAGGAGAGUCGAUCUCGUGGGCGAUUAUGCUGGACAAGAGUUGUUCCUUCUCGAAGGAGAUUCGCUUUUGCUACGAUGCUUCAGCAAUGCAGACCUGGAUCUUGAUCGCGGGUUCCAGCUUCUUCACGCUGUCUACGCUGUUGAAUAUUUCUUACAGGGGUUGAUCCAGCGGAAAUGCAACUUUCACGUUGUCUUUUUCGACAACCAUAGAGAACUCUGUCUCCCACGUGGAGUCCCAGUCAUUGAUAGACCAAAGUACCUACUUGCCAGAGCUGCCAUUCAGAGACAUCUCAGUGUCAAUCUCCGACAAUCACACCCAGCUCUUGAGAUUCAUUCCUUUGCAUCAGAGCAAGACACAGCAUUUCGAGCGUACUUGAAGGCGACAGGCAUCUACUUUGUGAUGUGUCACGAUGGCGCAAAUCCAGUCCCACUAUCGACCGACCCAUCGUUACCAGGGGCAAAGGAGAAGAUCAGGCCGAGAUCGACGCCCAGGAAACGUCGCGAAAGGUUGCAUUUCGAACCAUGA